GGCCGGGCUGCGCGCGGCGAGUAGGAAGCCCUCGCCCAGCGGAGGCUGCGGGAGAGAGAGAGGGAGAGUGAUGGGCCGCGGAGCUGGGCGCACGUUCUGCGGGGACUCAUGCCACGCGUGUCCCGGCCGGACGCGCAAUUAGCAGCCGCCUCUGCAAGCAGCCGCCGCCGCCUCCCGGCCCCCCCAGGCUGCCGUGGCGAGGAGCUCCAGCCGUUGUCUCGCUCCGGCUGCGCGCAUUGUCCUCAGGGUCCUCCACCAGGGCUGCUGCGGGGCCCGGGACCCGCGCCUCCGGGACGCGCUCCCGCCGCCGGUCGGCCGGGCGGGGGCCUCUGCUAGCCCUUUGGUGAGCCCGUGCGCCUGGGCCACUGUCGCCGGCGUUGUUCCUGAGGAGUUGAGGAAGGGGAGAAGUCCACCCGUCCAUCCCAGCCUCCCCCGGCGCACAGCCCCGACGGGGCCGCUGCCAGCGCGACGAGGGCGCCGACGGAGCCAUGAGAGAGUACAAAGUGGUGGUGCUGGGCUCGGGCGGCGUGGGCAAGUCCGCGCUCACCGUGCAGUUCGUGACAGGUUCCUUCAUCGAGAAGUACGACCCGACCAUCGAGGACUUUUACCGCAAGGAGAUCGAGGUAGACUCGUCGCCGUCGGUGCUGGAGAUUCUGGACACCGCGGGCACCGAGCAGUUCGCGUCCAUGCGGGACCUGUACAUCAAGAAUGGCCAGGGCUUCAUCCUCGUCUACAGCCUGGUCAACCAGCAGAGCUUCCAGGACAUCAAGCCCAUGCGGGACCAGAUCAUCCGAGUGAAGCGGUACGAGCGCGUACCGAUGAUCCUGGUGGGCAACAAGGUGGACUUGGAGGGCGAGCGUGAGGUCUCCUACGGCGAGGGCAAGGCCCUAGCCGAGGAGUGGAACUGCCCCUUCAUGGAGACAUCGGCCAAAAACAAAGCCUCAGUGGAUGAGCUGUUCGCAGAGAUCGUGAGGCAGAUGAACUACGCGGCACAGCCCAACGGCGACGAGGGCUGCUGCUCGGCCUGCGUGAUCCUGUGAGGCGCCGGCGGCAGCCGGGCGCUGGCCACGCUCUGUGCACAAAGCCAAACGCACCCGAUUCUCUUAAUGUGAUUGUCUUCUUGCUUUGAGAUUGGAGACGACUUUGUAUUGGCCGGGAUGUCCGAGCAACCUGGCUGACUUGUGUGGCCAGCAUCCCAGCCUUCAGCCGGGGUCCGAGGGGGUGUUCGUUGCUGACCAUCCGAGACCCUGAUGGAAAUGUGGCUCUAUACAGCGUGUACGUUCCUCAUUGAUUUCGGUUCAUGCAUAUUUCCCCGUUUAAGUAGCCAUUAAGGCGCUGUAUUGGCUGCUUGACACCGGCAAGCAAAAGUUUCAAGCCUGAAAAAAAAAAAAAAAAUGGGGGUGGGGAGGUGGAGGAAGUGGAGAGGAAGGAGGAGGCAGUGGGGGAGGGUUCCCCUCAAACAACUGUUAAUAGUUCCAAGUUCUAAAUACCAGGAAAGAGGUCCAAGAAAACCAUAUGAAGGAGCCAGAGGAGGGGAAGAAACUUGUUUCUUUUUUUUUUUUCCCUUGUUUUCCAGGAUUAUUUGGAAAUUAAGACCGGGGGUUCCUUUUCUGCCAGCUUGGAAGGGCAACCCAGGGACUGAUUACGAUUCUGAGGAUGUCUAUGCAAAGUUGGGUUCUUGUUACAGUGUAUCCAAUCUGAAGUAUUGCACAUGUGAACUGGGACUGUUAACACUGAUGCCAAUACAGUGUGGGGUGCCAGGAAGUGUCUGCUGAUAUUUGUGGGAAAAAAAAAAAUCUAUUUUGAUUACCUACUGUAUCAAAGGGGAGUCUGGGGGAGAAUGGUAGUAUUUUUUUUUUAAAUCAGCUGUGAAAAAAAUGUUACAGAUCUGCACAUUUUUGUGUGUGCUGUUGUGUGUGUGUAUGUGUGUGUGUGUGUGUUUAAGUAUAGCUUUUUUUUGUGGUUGGCAGUGACAGAUUUUGCUGACUAGCUUUUAAAAACACAAUACAAAGACUUUGUAAAUGUGAUUCAGGGCCCCCAGCACCCCUGUGUCUGCAGAGUGCCUUCAAGCUCAGCUGUUCCAGCCGGUGCCAACCUGUGAAUUCCCACCAUAUCCCAGAAUCUGCUGUCCUGCUGUCUCCAAAACCACUUUAAGUAUCUUCCUGAAAGAGCCAGGACAAUAGGACCUGUUAUUCCAUGAAUUGCUUCAUUGAUUUUUAGCUUUUUAAAUAUUAAGCCCGUGUCUUGAAUUCUUUCCCCUUUCUGCAUUUUGUUCAAAUUUCAGGAUUUAGCCUCUCUCUCUCUCUGUGUGUGUGUUAUUUUCAAAGUGUCUCUGGUUAUAUGUUACAGGAUGUUCCUCCAAAAGCAAAAGAGCAAAAUUUUAUUGUUGUGAUGUACGGAGAAAAUUCUAACAAGUUGUAACUUUUAAUUCCACUCAUUUAGUCACUGUCUCUUCAUUUUAAGACUUUUAAUACAAUGUCAUUUUUAAAGAAAACCCAAA